GGCCCAUCGUGGUGGACGCCCAGGCCAGGCCGAAGGUGAUGGGCAGGCACGUGCCCGAGGACGUCUACGGCGACCUGUACGCCAGCUGCGAGCGCAGAUGGGCGGCUGCGCGCGAUCCCCGGCGACACGAUUGGAGGAAGUCUAGGCCCGCGGACGAGCGGGACUCCAAGUUCGACAAGCGGGAGGCGGCCAAUCUUCUGGCGGCGGCCAAGGCGCCCGCGGCCGGAGCACCGGCGGCGGCCUCGAGCGAGAGGGACGCGGGCCCAGGCGAUGGCGCUUUGCCGCCGAGCCAGGCUGCGCCAGCGAGCACUACAACUGCGCCGAUUACGGGGGUUGGCGUGGAGCUGGUGUCGAACGACCACGGGUGCACGUCGCAGGCGUACAACUUCGGCUUGUUCACGACACCUGAUGACUGCGCGCAGUUCGUGACGCUGGUGCCCGAGUGCAGCUACAGGUUCAUGUUCAGCCCAGAACGCCCGGAGUAUGGUUGCAGGUGCUGUGCGGACUCGCCCAGUGGCCUGGAGAAGAAGGCAAUGGCAGAGUGGUCGCUCUACGAGAUCUCCCUGG